AUGCAACAAUGGUUCAGGCGCGGGGGAGCGCGCGCGGCGCACGCGCCGAGACGCGCGAGAAGGCGCGCGGCGUCGCACGGCAGCUGGCAGAACACACGACAACAAGCGUCGCGCGCCACCACGGCACGCGCGGCGCGCGUCGUAGCGCGCGCUGCACGGCGCCGCAGGCGCUGCGGCGCCACGCGUCGCGGCGCGCGCGCCGGCACGGGCCGCGCCGUGCGUCAGGCGCGUGGUCGCGCGCGCGCGUCACGCAAGCGCGCGGGCGCCGUCAGCGUCCACAAGGCAAGGCAUGCGCGGCACAAGGCGGCGCGUCACAAGGCGCGCGGCUGCUGCGGGCCAGCGGGGCGCGCAGCGCAGGCCGGCGUCGCGCGCGUCGGCGCGGUGCGCAGCGGCACAGCCACGUCGCCACACAAGGCGCGCGUCGCAAGUACAAGCGGCACGCGCCAGCGCGCAAGCGUCGCACGCGCGCACGGCACGAAGAGGCCGUCACAAGGCGGCCGCAACGACAAGGCGCGCGGCGGCAGCGCGCGAAGGGCGCACCCCCAAGCGCGCUGCGGCGUGCCGCGACGGCGGCCGCAAACACAAGGCAAGGGCGCCACGUGCAGGCGAAGGCACGGCACAGGCAAGCGUGCGAUGGCGUGA